UUGUGAGUAGCCGCGAAGAGAAUCGUUUCAUAUCUUGUUGUUCUCAUUUAUAUAGUUGACUUAACUUUACAAAAAAAACUAAUUUUGCAACACACCUAUCGUUAUAAAUGUGUUGAUAUUUUUAUUAUUAUUUACUUUAAAAAUUUCUCUGUGGUGAAUAUUAAACAGUUUAAAGUUUAGUUUUGACAAUUGUUUCAUCUGGAUAUGAACAUAUUAGUAAUUUACUAUUGGAAUAAUUUCCAUUCUUACACCAAGUGUUUUGCCACUUCCGCGCUUUUUCAAGCUGCGCAAUUCUAGUAGCAAUAUAUUCUGUUGUCAAGGUCAAGAAUCCGGAUCACCGGCAAAUAGAGAAGGCACAAAAUUGUAUAGUGACUUACUGUCAUUCAGUAUUCUUUCAUCUGAAAAAAAACUCGUUUAUUCAUUUUGUUUUGUUUUUUUUUUUUUUAUUUUCAUUAGAGUUUGAAUUCUUUUUCUACAAAAAAAUUGUCAACAUUUGUGAAACAGUAAUGAUUAAGUUGUCAUUGUGAUUCAGUGCAAGUGAUGAUUAUUGAAAAAAAUUUAAUCGAAAUAAUUGAGCAUCUUAAACAAUACUUAAGUGAUCUUUUCUUUUACCAAGACAUAAGUGAUACACACGCGCAUAAGAUAAGCCUCCGGAUGACGAGUACAAAAUUCAUAAUCAAAAGAAGCUGAAGAAAAAAAAAACAAGAGUGAGUGAUACAUAAUAAAAGAAGAAAUGGGCAGUACUUAAAUAUUUCCCAAGGAUUACUUUGUGAAUAUUUUAUUUCCAAUCUUGGCAGAUAAAUAGCAAAUUUUUUUUACUGAUAAAAAAAAUACUUCAUUGAAUAAAAAAAAAAAAAAACAAACAUUUAAAGUGAAUCAGAAAAGAAUUUGAAUGAAUUUUUAAAAAGUUGUUAAAAUGAAAAACUAUUCUUAAAUUUAAAAGUCAGAGGAGCAGAUAAGAGUAAAUUUGAUGAUAUUUACUGUAGUACGUCUGAGAUAAUAAAAAUUUGUCCUCGGAGCUAAUCGGAGUUGCCAGAUUAUUUCCAAGGCUAACUUUGGUAUAACAAAUAUAUUACCGAGUAGGUACAAUAACAAAGAUUUUAAGAUGUUACUUCGAAGGCAUUUAAAAUGCCGGUUGCACAUUGCCGGCAUCAAACUGAAAUUAAAAUGUUGAAAAAGCUAAUUAAUUGAUCCAUUAAAUGUAUUUGAGUGUAAUAAUAGUCGUCCUCAAUUGACUUUGGUUGCUAGUUAAUAUGUAGAUAUAACUAUUAAUGUUUGUGAACUAUCCAAUAGAAAAGUUAUUGAUAUAAAGUGCUUAUCAUGUGGUCACAUCAAGAUCAUCAACGAUACCAGCAAGCUAAUGUAUCACAACUGCCUCAACAAAUCGAUACUCAACAGCAAGCUGCUUCUCAAUUGACAAUGAUGCAUACAAAGAAUCUGCAGCAACAGCAACUAUCUCAACAACACCAAUCUGCUCUUGAAUUGACAAUGAUGCCGGCUAAUAAUCUCAUUGUUAGUCAAGGCAUUGGACACCAUCGUAAUGCUUCCAGAGAGUCAACACCGAGUUCAAGCAGUUCUCGAGCAUCCCGGAAUUUGGCAGAAAAACAAAGGAGGGACAAUCUUAAUACGAAUAUUAGUUUAAUGGCAUCUUUAGUUCCAAGCAUAGCAUCAAGUUCUAAACGAUAUGAUAAAAUUUCUAUUCUCAGAUUAACUGCAGCGUACCUGAGAUCUAACUUAACAAUUGGCCCUGGCUCACCUGGAUUUUUACCAGCAGAAUUCAACGAUAUCAGUCUUGAGGAAAAUUUUAUCGAUAGCUUCGAUGGAAAUGGUGGCUUUUUUUUCGUUGUCACAAUAUCGGGAAGCAUCGUCUAUAUAAGUCCAAGAGUCGAAGGCCCUUUAGGAUAUACACCGAAUGAAAUGAUGGGAAAGUCCUUGUACUCUUACAUCCAUCCCGAGGAUCAUGGUGAACUUGCUAAAGCCUUGACACCUGAUGAAUCUUUUUCGAUGAAGGAAUUAACUUACGAUCAAGAUUCCAAUUCGUCAGACGGAUUGAGAAACCAUUUACCAAAGGGAAAGAAUUUUAAAGAACAACGACGUAAUUUUUAUAUUAAAAUCGCCCAACGUACAAAUUCUAGAGGAGAGCAUACUCAAUUUAAAUGUUUUCAAAUUUCUGGUAUCCUGAGGCUAGCAGAUUUUAUCAAGAAAAAAAAGAAUUUAGAUCAACAUAAUCCAACGAAUAAUGAUAUCAUUUUCGCUGGUGUAGCAAGAGUAGUACAGAAACGUAUCACUGAAUUGUCAUUAUAUGAAGCUAACAAACUAGAAUACAAAACACGUCACUUGGUGGAUGGACGUAUCAUUUAUAGCGAUCAUCGAAUAGCUUUUGUUGCUGGGUAUAUGUCAGAAGAGGUUGCUGGAGCUAAUGCUUUUAGUUAUAUGCAUAAAGAGGAUGUGAUGUGGGCUAUCAUGGCACUACGACAAAUGUACGAUAGGAGGGAAAAGUUUGGAACAUCGUGUUAUCGAUUACUUUCUAAGAGGGGUGAAUUCAUCUAUCUCAGGACUCAUGGAUUCCUCGAAUUUCAUCAAGAAACAGGAACUUUUGAGUCAUUUGUGUGCAUUAACACGCUUGUGGAAAAAGAAGAAGGUGAAAAUUUAAUAAAAGAACUAAAAAACAGAUUUUCAGCAACUGUUUCGCCAUCGAAUGCAUUAACAGAUGAAACAGUUAUUCAAUCACAAUUAUCGCCAAGUGUCGAAGAUCCAACGCAAUUAGAAGACGCAAUUUCACACUUGAUAAGUAAUUUGAAUUCACCACCAGCCGUUGGUGAACAAUCACCACCACCAUCUGUUUCCGAUUUACCGAGUAAACCACCUAAGAGCUGUCACCAAUUUCCAGUUAAUAAUAAACUUAAUAAAAAAAGUUCUGAAGCACCUACGAAAAAACAUAAACGUAUCAAACAUGAACCUAGCUUAAGCUUUGAUUGCUCACCGAACAAUUCUGAAGGUUUCGACAACCAUUCGAAUCAUUCUUCCCAAUCUCAAACAAUUUUUACUUCUUUAAGUACUCCAGAUAAUACAAGUAUCAAUAAUUGUCAGUUAGUAACUAACAAUAUAUCAGAUUUAUUAAGUAAAAAGCACACACAUGACGAAGAUUCAAAUCUUCACUGCAAUCAAUCAAAUGAUUCGAAUUAUUCUCUACAAAGUCAGAAUUACUAUGAGAGUUUGAAUUUAAAUAGUGUAAAUAAUAUUUCUAAUGAAAAUGGUUUAAAGUUAGGACAAGCUAGUAAGAAAAAAAUAAGUCCUAUAAAAAAUUAUAACCAUGGUAAUAAUCACGAUAACCUUGUAAAUAGUACACCAAUUUCUAUCAAAAGUGAAAAUAUGAAUGGACAAGAGCAUCAAGGAAUAAAAAGAUCAGUCGAAGAGGAAAAAAGUCCAGUGCUGGAUAAAAAGCAACGACAUAAUGGAUUCGCUGAAAAAGAUGAAUUGGAGGAUUUGAACCUUCAAGCGAUAAUGAAAGCAAAUCCGAAUAUUUUGAAAGUUUUAGACGAACUUGAUCAAGUAAUUGACACUGGGAAGGAUUUAGAAACUAAUUUACAAAAUUUUCCUAAUGAUCAAGUCGAACAGACAUUACGAGAGACCUAUUUACAUUUAGAAAACCGAAUAAGUUACCAAGGAAUUCAGUUGAAUGAAUUAGGACUCGUAUUUGAAAACUCUGAUUUAUCUACUGAAAGAGAAGAUUUCGAUCAGCUACAAGCCGAGCAUCAAAUACAGAAGGAAAUGAUAAAAACUCUUCAAGAAGAUCAUGAAAGUUUACAUAUGCAUAAUGUACAUGAUCUCGAUGUUUGAAGAUAAAAUAAUCAUCCUAAACGAAAUCUAUAAUAAUUAAUAAUAUUAAUUGAAAAUAAGCAGAAAUUAUGCAGUUGUGGAGCUUAAAAAUGAUGAAAUAAAAAUGAGAGGACUUUCCUAAAGUUAGUAAAUUGGUUAAUUCAUUGUAUUGAUAAAUUAAUCUUAUAUUGAACGUUGAGAACAGUUGAGAAUUUUUGUUCGAAACAAGUGAAAAAGUGAAUUAAAAAAAUUAUUUAAUCUAAUUAAUGAAAAAAAGUGCGUAAAUAAAAUAAAAGAAAGAAAAAUUGUGCAAUCGAAUGAUUUUUUCAAAAAAAGACUGAAAAAUAGACAAUGAUCUGAAACAAGACUUAGAAUGGAUUUUAAAAUGUAUGUAACCAAUUAAUUGAUCAAAUUAAUUAAAUAAUUUAUAUGUAUAUUUUUUUCAUUAUAGAAGGAAACCUCUCAUUAAUAAGACUUCGAAAAGUAAUUUAAAAUUGACGUAAUCGAACGAUGAAAUCAAUUUUAGAUUGGAAAUAUCUAUAUAUUAUUAGUUAUGAAACGUUAUUAUGAUUUUAAAGGAAAUUUAUUUUUUUGUUUAUCAUAAAAAAAUUCGGUUUUAUAUAAAAAAAAUUAUUUUUUUUCUUAUUCAACUAUUCAUGUUUAAAUACAUAACUACCUCUAUGUAAUGAAAUUGCCUAUUACUUCGCAAAAAUGAGAAUAAAAUUAUUAUAAAAUACAUUAAAAAAUUAUAAUGAUGAAAAGAAAUGUGACACUCAAACACAUUCGAUCAAGCAACCAAGAUUUUAUGAUUGAAAUAUAAUAAAGAAGGAAAAUUUUGAACUGUUGCCAUCGUUAUAAUUGGCUCAUUGUAAGACUGCAAUGUUAAUUUUACUAUAUACAUAUAUAAAUAUUGUGUAUUACAUACAUACUAUAAUUAUUUUAACAAGUAUAACUGUAAUUAUCUAAUUAUUAGAUCAUAUUAGUUGAAUAAUUAAUUAUAAAUGUGUAUUGAGAAUGAAUUACUGCAAGUUUGUGUAAAUGAACAUGAUACUAAAAAGUUGUUUCGAAGAAUGAUAUGCUGAAAUAAUAUUUAAUAACAGUUAAAA